UGUCGUCACUGUUUGGUGUGGGAGUUGAAGCUGUCGAGCGUUUUCCCCAGUUUAAUUUCUGCUUCGUUUCGAAUACAAUUUGGGUCCAAAUCUGCAAAGAAACAAGGACAACUAGCAUUUGCAGCGGGAAAUCAGAGUUUUGGAGAUCUAAGACGCUUUUUAAAUCCAAUUAGGUAGUCUUUCGAUCGGCGAUACCUGAAGAAAUGAGCGUGGAGGCGUACGGGCCGAGCUCACAGACUCUAACCUUCCUGGACACCGAGGAAGCGGAGUUACUGGGAGCCGAUACCCAGGGAUCGGAGUUUGAGUUCACCGAUUUCACGUUGCCGAGCCAGACGCAGACACAAGGCCAGACACAGAGUCAACUGGACAACCAGGUGAACGGUCCUGACGGCAUUCUGCAGAAUGGAGGCGUUGAUGAUGCUGUGGCGAAGACGAGCCAGCUUCUGGCCGAACUCAACUUUGAGGAGGAUGAAGAAGACACGUAUUACACCAAAGACCUCCCUGUCCAUGCUUGCAGCUACUGUGGUAUCCAUGAUCCCGCAUGCGUGGUCUACUGUAACACCAGCAAAAAGUGGUUCUGCAAUGGACGUGGCAACACCUCUGGGAGCCACAUUGUGAACCACUUGGUCCGUGCUAAAUGCAAGGAAGUGACUCUCCACAAAGACGGCCCCCUGGGGGAGACGGUGCUGGAGUGCUACAAUUGUGGCUGUCGUAAUGUCUUCCUUCUGGGUUUCAUCCCAGCCAAGGCUGACUCUGUAGUUGUGCUCCUCUGCAGGCAGCCUUGUGCCAGUCAGAGCAGCCUGAAGGACAUCAACUGGGACAGCUCCCAGUGGCAGCCCCUGAUUCAGGACCGCUGCUUCCUGUCGUGGCUGGUAAAGAUCCCGUCUGAGCAGGAGCAGCUCAGGGCCCGACAGAUCACUGCCCAGCAGAUCAACAAGCUGGAGGAACUCUGGAAGGAAAAUCCCACUGCAACCUUAGAGGACCUGGAGAAGCCUGGGGUAGAUGAGGAACCCCAGCAUGUACUGCUGCGCUAUGAGGAUGCCUACCAGUACCAAAACAUUUUUGGACCUCUUGUCAAGCUGGAGGCUGACUAUGACAAAAAGCUAAAAGAGUCCCAGACCCAGGAUAACAUUACGGUCAGGUGGGACCUUGGGCUGAAUAAAAAGCGGAUUGCUUAUUUCACACUACCCAAGACGGAUUCAGGUGAUAUGCGUCUGAUGCAGGGAGAUGAAAUCUGUCUACGGUACAAAGGAGAUCUUGCCCCUCUUUGGAAGGGGAUUGGGCACGUCAUCAAAGUCCCAGACAACUACGGUGAUGAGAUAGCCAUCGAAUUGAGAAGUAGUGUUGGAGCUCCUGUGGAAGUGCCGCAUAAUUUCCAAGUUGAUUUUGUGUGGAAGUCAACAUCUUUUGACAGAAUGCAAAGUGCUUUGAAGACCUUUGCUGUGGAUGAAACAUCUGUGUCAGGGUAUAUCUAUCACAAGCUCCUGGGCCAUGAAGUAGAGGAUGUCAUCAUUAAGUGUCAGCUUCCCAAGCGUUUCACUGCCCAGGGACUGCCUGACCUUAACCAUUCCCAGGUGUAUGCUGUGAAGACUGUGCUCCAACGACCCCUCAGCCUUAUCCAAGGCCCCCCUGGUACUGGGAAAACUGUAACUUCUGCCACCAUUGUCUACCACCUUGCAAGACAGGGCAAUGGGCCUGUACUGGUGUGUGCUCCAAGUAAUAUUGCUGUGGACCAGCUGACUGAGAAAAUCCACCAAACUGGUCUGAAAGUGGUGAGGCUCUGUGCCAAGAGCCGAGAAGCUAUUGAUUCCCCUGUGUCAUUCCUAGCCCUGCACAAUCAGAUCCGCAAUAUGGACAGCAUGCCAGAGCUUCAGAAAUUGCAGCAGCUCAAAGAUGAGACAGGAGAGCUUUCGUCUGCAGAUGAGAAGCGCUACCGUGCAUUGAAGCGCACUGCUGAGCGAGAGCUCCUUAUGAAUGCUGAUGUGAUCUGCUGUACCUGUGUGGGAGCUGGAGAUCCCCGUCUGGCGAAGAUGCAAUUCCGGUCCAUCUUGAUUGACGAAAGCACUCAAGCUACAGAGCCUGAGUGCAUGGUGCCUGUUGUGCUGGGAGCUAAGCAGCUCAUCCUUGUGGGAGACCACUGCCAGCUGGGUCCAGUAGUGAUGUGUAAGAAGGCAGCAAAAGCUGGCCUUUCUCAGUCCCUAUUUGAACGACUAGUUGUUCUGGGAAUACGUCCCAUUCGCCUGCAAGUGCAGUACCGCAUGCACCCAGCCCUCAGCGCCUUCCCCUCCAACAUCUUCUAUGAAGGUUCCCUGCAAAAUGGUGUCACUGCUGCUGAUCGCAUCAAGAAAGGCUUUGACUUCCAGUGGCCACAGCCAGACAAGCCUAUGUUCUUCUAUGUUACCCAAGGACAGGAAGAAAUUGCAAGCUCAGGGACUUCAUAUCUGAAUAGAACUGAAGCUGCCAAUGUGGAGAAGAUUACCACAAAACUGCUGAAAGCUGGAGCAAAGCCAGAUCAGAUAGGCAUCAUCACCCCCUAUGAGGGUCAACGAUCCUAUCUGGUGCAGUACAUGCAGUUCAGUGGCUCCCUUCACACCAAGCUUUAUCAGGAAGUGGAAAUUGCUAGUGUUGAUGCCUUCCAAGGCAGAGAAAAGGACUUUAUUAUUCUGUCAUGUGUCAGAGCCAAUGAACACCAGGGAAUCGGUUUCCUGAAUGACCCACGGCGUCUCAAUGUGGCUCUUACAAGGGCAAGGUAUGGAGUGAUCAUUGUGGGGAAUCCAAAAGCCCUUUCCAAGCAGCCGCUGUGGAACCACCUGCUCAAUUACUACAAAGAACAGAAGGUGCUGGUGGAGGGGCCGCUGAACAACCUGCGGGAAAGUCUCAUGCAGUUCAGCAAGCCCCGGAAACUGGUCAACACCAUCAACCCUGGAGCCCGUUUCAUGAGUACUGCCAUGUAUGAUGCUCGUGAGGCCCUUAUUCCUGGUUCUGUGUAUGACCGCAGCAGUACAGGGCGUCCGUCAAACAUGUACUUUCAGACACAUGAUCAGAUUGGCAUGAUUGGUGCAGGCCCUAGCCAUGUGGCUGCCAUGAACAUACCUAUUCCCUUUAACCUGGUCAUGCCUCCAAUGCCCCCUCCAGGGUACAUGGGCCAAGGCAAUGGUCCGGCAACAGGCCGUGGAGCUCUGAAAGGGAAGGCAGGGCGUGGUGGGCGCCAGCGAAAUCGUGGAAUUGGCAACCAUGGUAGUGGGCAAGCAAACUUGCCCAACAGCCAGGCUAGCCAGGAUGUAGUGUCCCAACCCUUCUCUCAGGGGCCCCUCACUCAAGGAUAUGUCUCCAUGAGCCAGCCGUCCCAGAUGAGCCAGCCAGGCCUGUCUCAGCCUGAACUGUCACAGGACAGUUAUCUUGGAGAUGAGUUCAAGUCCCAGAUUGAUGUGGCUUUGUCCCAGGACUCUACUUACCAGGGUGAACGUGCAUACCAACAUGGUGGGGUGACUGGACUGUCACAGUACUAGAAUGUUGUGGGAAAAGGAGCUAGGCUUGAGCUGAGCUUAGUUCAUCAGCAUUUUAAUCUGGGUAAUAAUAAAAAAACAAAAAACGGAUACCUGUUUUCCACUGCUACAACUGAAGCACCACUGUGUGAAAGCAACAGGAGAGGGAAACCAACCAAACACAAGAGGGAAAGAAAGAGGGACAGACGUCAGGAAGAGCAGGAGAGAGUGAGAGACCACUGCUAGCACACUGAGACAGACGUGAAAAGGAGAAAUGCAGCAUGUGGUAGCGCUGUCGGGGCAGACAAGGACCUUGGUCUGGCAUCGAAUCAAAAACGAGGCAGCUCCCAAAGAAAGAAGCCCAUCCCCUCCACAAAUCCUUCCACCAUUUCCUGCUCAAGGAAUGACCAGUUGGCUUGAGGACCUUGCUCUUCAAGCAGAGAGGGAGAAAAGACAAGUUCUCAAGCAACUUGCAAGUGCAUUCCGUUUUCUCCAGAAACGGAGAUGGAGUGGUGAACCGCUUCAAGCAGGCAGUAUGGAAAAUCUUUACCUCAAAGUUGGUCUGUUGUCAAAUUUUCCAUUUUAACCCAUUUGAUUUAAAUUUUUGUGGCAUAAGAGUAAUAAUGAAGCACCUACUCUUAAGCCCAAACUUCAUCAGAUGAGAGCUGUGGCUGUGGAGUACAAUGUAAUCUUGAUUCCACUUUGAGUUGCAAAGUUUCUGUGUUAAGUCUAAACUGAAGAAAUCUGGAAUUAAAAUGCCUUUGACUAGGUUAGAUGUUCACUGGUGUAUCCAUCAGGUCUUACUUGAAGUGGUGUGAAUAAAGGUCAUUGGUGGAUUGGUACUGGAUUUUUAAAAGUAAAAAAGUUGAGACCUGAACUGUGGAUCUGAAAGAUCUGUAACAGUAAUUUUUUUUUUUUUUAAAAUAAACUUUAUUGUAGAACACAAAAGAAAAUACAUUAUGAAAAGAUGAGCAUUGAAGAAUACCAACUUGGUGUAAUUUGUAAUUGCAGCCAUAUGUGUAUUUCUUUAAUGAAAUAGCAGGAGUGGUGAAGUUCUUUUGUGUUACAGAAGGAUUUUCAAUGUUUUAAGUGCUAUGUAUGCUUAGACUGGCUACUGUUUUGGGGGAAAGGGGUUUUUACUUGGAGGAAAAUUAAUCUGCCUUUGGCUGUGGAAAAACCAACUCCUCCGACAGUAGGUCGCUGUUUGAGUAACAGUAGACGGGUUGAUAACGCAUAUUGCUGGGAGCUAUUAAUCUGAAAACAAAGUGGCUGAAAGAAAAUUCCAGUGAAGCUUUCUUAUGAAUAAAUUAGAGACUCUAAAUCUAUGAAUAUCUUACUGUGCAAGGCUAGCAACCGUGCACCUUUUAUUUAUGAAAAAUGAGAGCUUGUAAAGUGCAUAAUUUGAGUUUAGCAUUUCACGCACGUCACAUUUUUUAAAUGUCCCCUGCCACUUUUAGAAUUGCCCAUACCUCCUGAUUUCAUACUGGAUUUAAAACCUCAAGACCACUGAACAGAAGGUCUGUCAGAAUCUGUCUACAGCAGUAAGACUAGUGCAUUUUGAAGGUGUGAAGUGGGGAAAAUGCCAUUAACAUCUUUCUGAAUGUAGGUGAAACUGAGUGCCAGCAGCAGUGAAGUUCCAGCUGUACUUUCAGCUAUUUCAUCUUGUUACACAAUGAUGAACAGCACAGGAUUCAAGAGGAAGUUUCCAGUUUAGUUUUCUCAAGCUUUCUUUACUGUCGGAUGAAGGCCGCCUUCUUUCUAGCAGAAGAGAUGCCUGGAGCAAUGACUGGCCGAAGGGCUUUCCUUUAGUAACUUUUAGUUUUGUGUUGGGGUUUUAUUUUGGCUUUUCUGCAGUUUCUAGGCAAAGGUUUUCCUGAUGUAGAUGUCUGUAGAUUUAUGUGGCUUCCCACCUUCCCAUUUGUGACGUGUGAUGUAUUGUAACAGCCCUACAAUGCUCUUCUGAUUGGAACAACUUGCUUCUUGUUUGUGCCAUUUUAUUUUGUCCUCACUAGUAGCAAGCAAUUUUUAUAUCACAAUUCGCUUUGCUAGGCAGAUGACAACAGGGCAGUCUUUCUUUUUGGCAAUUUCAUUGCUAUCUUUAAUAAACUCAGUUUUGGCAGAACAGAAUAACUAUCCAUUUUCCCUCCACUCUUUACAUGUUGAGGUUCUGUGUUUUCUUUUAAAAAAAAAAAAAAAAAAAAAAAUUAGCACUAUGAGAAUGUAGACAUCAGCCUUUUUUUUUUACAUACUCAUGAAACAAGAGCCCCCACACCCCAAGAAUCAUCACUGUCAAAACUGAUUCACUCACUGGCUCUUUAUAAUGAAAGUUAAAUCAUGCCAGUGUUACAUCAUUUAAAACUGACGCAGGUAUGGCCAUGAGAUUUCCAUCGUAAAGACAAUUUCCCAAUUACACAUCACGAUUUUGUUUAAAUACCAUGCAGCUGUCUUUUUUUUUUUUUUUCAUAUAUAAUGCACAAUUACUAUGUGAAUUCUCAUCUAGGCCAGUGAAGAUGCCUUUUUAAUGUUUGUCUUGUUGGUGAAUGGCAGCACUUUUCACUGUCUUCAUUUUUGCACCUUAAUUUUCCCACAAUUACAGUAGUAAAGUUCAGAGACAUGGCUUGACAUGGGAAUGAAAGGGAUAUUAUGCCCUGUUCUGGCCAUGUUUGUAGAUGGAGUUGGUGACACCUGUGCUAGAGUGACCCUGCUUACAGUUUCACAUCUAUGUGUAGGGCUCUAGGUCCUCUGCUGUUGAGCAGGACAAGAAAAGCAACCUUGCUUUUUAAGACAGGGAUAAAUAGGGUUACUGAUUCCCUUCUCCCCUCAUCAGGAAUAUGUUCAGAUUAUUUUAGGGAUUACAAAAUAAACCACAAACCUGGGACUGUUUUCCUUUGUGAUGUGGAAACUGCCUUUCAUUGUAAUGAUCAAUAAAUCUUGUAACAAAUCACAUGUCUAAAAAUAAUUUGAACUUCCAAAAUAAAGGUUGCUUCUGUCUUUUCAGUUUGAGCUUUAGAAAUUAAAAUUUUUUUC